UGGCAUCCCCCAGCCCGUUUGUACAUAUACGCCCAUGCCACCACGGUCACCACGUUCCUCUGCUCUCCCUCCCAUCGCAGCCUUGCCCUCCAUAGGCCACUGUGACCAGCUUCUCUUGCGUUCCUGUGGCGCCAUCUCGCUGCUCAUCUCCAUAGCAAACCUCAGUAGCUUACCAUAGUAGCUCAAGGAAACCACACCUAGCUUCCGGCAGGAUCUCCCUGAGCUUUACUGCGAGCGUUCAUUGAUGGAAGAGCCUGCGCGAGACAGGAGCUAGCUCACAGAUAAUCUCGCUCCAAGAAGCUUCCCUGCUUCCCUUUGCUGCCCUCGAUCGAUCUGGUGCCCAAACACCUUUACUUCCUGGCUGUACGAGAUGGUCUCAUGGCCGUGAGCUCACCUCGCCGGGCACUCCUCGCGGCCGUGUUCUUUGGCUUCCUCCUCGCCGCCGCGACCUGCAUCCGCACGGCGACCUUCUCCUCUUCGCAGAACCUGGCGGAGGACAAGUCGCGGCUGGGGUCGACGCCGCCGAGCUGCCACAACCGGUGCAGCGCGUGCAACCCCUGCACGCCCGUCCAGGUGACUACCGUGCCGGGGCUCGGCCGCUCGGCCCGCGUCACCGACGACACGGUGGCCGCCUUCUCGCGCUACUCCAACUACAAGCCGCUGGGGUGGAAAUGCCGCUGCGACGGCCGCCUCUACGACCCCUAGCGUGCCGCCGCUUCCCUUCUCCAUGGCGCCGCGGCAACUCGUGCACUCUGCUCCCUCCUGUGAAAAGACUGGAGGCCCAACACAAGUGUGGUCUGCUCUCGGUUAGGUAGCUCCUCUGCUUCCAAGAUUCUUCAUCUGUUCGUGCCCAUGGCGGCUAGCUUCACAAGCUUAGAUCGAGCUUGCUGCCUUGGAGCUUGUACUGGCCGUAGCCGUAGCUAUAUUUUUGCUCUCCGCUAGCUGAAGCAAUAUAAGGGUUGUUUGGAUACAAGGGAUAAAGUUUAGUCUA